UUAAUAAAUAUAUUUAAACUAAACUAUGAACAUUCGUGAUAUAGAAGGUGCCAGACCUACCGAGUUCACAUCAAAAGAACUCCGAAGAGAUUACAUGAACAUCUGUGAUAUAGAAGGCGCUCGGCCUUCCAUUAUGAAAGGAUAUGGUGGCGUCAUGAAGCAGUAUGAACAACCCUUCAGCCUUUCAAAAAUCUCCCAGCUACCCUAUGCAGGGGUCUCUAAGAAGGAUAAUCAUGUUGAAAAUGAUCUCUUCAAGAUGAGCAACGAGCAAAACUCUGCAGCAGAUUUCAUAGAAUUCAUGAGGAAGAAGAAAGGCAAUCGGGAUAAUAAGCCAGCUGGCAUAAUCAACAUGGGUUUCAGAAGAAAUGCUAAGAAGUUUAAAUACCAAUAUCAGCCACCGUACGGCUAUGGUGGAAACUUCAGCACAGGUGUCAAGAAAUGUCCCUAUGAUAGGAACAUCUGCACUUCUGGAUUACGACAAAACUCAUAUAAUCUUUUGGGCCAAGCCUCACGAGACCAUAAUUCUCACUCAAGAAGUGAGAAUAGAGGGUCAUACUUAGGUAGACUUGGAAACAAAAUUUUGAAGCCUCCUACUGCAUUGGACCCGAACCUAGACAUCCAACAGAUAUCAGACUUUAUUGAUCCAAAAGUAAGGCAUCAUUCUUCAUCAAAGAAAAAAAAAUAGAACUGAUUCCAACUCUGGAGCAAACAUCUUCCCUCCAGAGGAAGAAGAAGAGUGCACCAAGGAUGAUCAAUUAGAGGAGGAUAGGAAGAACUUCUUCCUCAUCGAGGAGAAGAAACAGAGUCCUCUGCCUCCACUCAACCCAAAAAGUCGUCAGAACCAUAUUCAUAACAAGAGGUACUCCAAUGCUGGAAUAGACUCUAAUGUUUACUCAAAACUUCAGAAUCAGGAAUCUUCAAACAAACUAAAUGCUCCAAAGAGAGAACUGAAUAACAGAUCAUCAAACCUUGAGCAUUUGAGGAAUAGCAGGCAGAAUAACUGCCUGACUACUUCAGCCAGCAAUAUCCUGCCAGCCUAUGAAAAUGGAGACCUCAAGAAGCCAUUGAAUGUGGGAAAAUAUAAUUAUGAUUCAAACCAUCCGUACGAAGUAGCCAAUUUCGAAAAGAAGAGAUCAAUGGCAAACAUGAGCAGGAACAGAAUGGAAAAUCACAAUACUCAUCAAGGAGGCCAGCUUGAUCUCCUUGGCGAUCAGAACCGCUACUAUCAGUCAUAUAAGAUUGGAAAAGAGAUUCCUGACUUGAAGUCUUCACAAAGAAUGAAUAUGAUCAAUCCUCGGAACAACAGAGGUACAUACUCUUAUGAUUUAAUCGCUGGUGUCGCCAGCGAACUUAGAGACUAAGAGAUACAUCAAAGUCUCGCUAGAUUUCGGGAAUUCCUCUUUAAGAUUUUACCAUAGUUAGAC